GUCGCCUUGCCUGAAUCCUGUUCAACUCAAAGCCUUCUGACUGUGCGUCGCAAGUGUAGCUGGAGAAGGAAGUGGCAGAUGAGUGAGAUUAUCCACGACUACGCAAGAGCAACCUACCGGUGGUUACGGUACACAGGCGAUUCAGACGGAGCGAACAGGUUGGUGGCUAGGAGAAAAUGGGCAACGUUGACUCCAAACUCAACUUCAGAAAAGCUGUGAUACAACUGACAACCAAAACACAGCCCGUGGAGGCUACGGACCAUGCCUUCUGGGACCAGUUCUGGGCGGAUACUGCCACUACCGUCCAGGAUGUGUUUGCUCUGGUACCGGCAGCGGAGAUACGAGCUGUCAGAGAAGAAUCUCCCUCCAAUCUGGCAACCCUCUGUUACAAGGCAGUGGAGAAGCUUGUCCAGGGGGCUGACUCUGGUUGUCCCUCGGAGAAGGAGAGACAGAUCGUCCUGAACUGCAUCCGUCUGCUCACACGUAUCCUACCGUAUAUCUUUGAGGACGCAGACUGGAGAGGCUUCUUCUGGUCCACCGUGCCUGGUGCCGGGAGAGCUGGGCAGGAUGAAGGUGAUGAUGAUGAUGGAGCGAGGCCCCUGGCUGAGUCUCUCCUCCUGGCUGUAUCUGACCUGCUUUUCUGUCCAGACUUCACCGUCCAGAGCCACAAGAGGACAGGUUCGGACACAGCGGAGGACAUACAGUCCAUAGACAGCUGUGAGUACAUCUGGGAGGCAGGAGUGGGGUUCGCUCAGUCCCCCCCACUCAACUACACCCACGACCUCAACAGGACGGAGCUGCUGAAGCUGCUGUUGACUUGUUUCUCUGAGGCCAUGUACCUGCCCCCCUCUGCUGACAACAACCUCCUCAACCCCUGGGUUACCUUCUUCUGCGCUACAGACAACAGACAUGCCCUGCCUCUCUUCACGUCUCUCCUCAACGUGGUGUGUGCCUAUGACGCAGUGGGUUACGGUAUCCCUUACAAUCACCUGAUGUUCUCUGACUACCGAGAGGUGUUGGUGGAGCAUGCUGUCCAGGUCCUCAUAGUGACUCUGGAGCACGAGGCCGGGCCAGCCGCAGCACAACACAGCCUGGACCAUUCCGCCUCCGCCAUGGAGGACCUAGAGCCUGUGGGACCAGACAACCUGUUUGUAAACUACCUGUCCAGGAUCCAUAGGGAGGAGGACUUCAGCUUCAUCCUGAAGGGUCUGGCCAGACUGAUGACCAACCCUCUGAUCCAGACCUACCUGCCCAACUCAGCCAAGAAGAUCCGAUUCCACCAGGAGCUACUGGUGCUCUUCUGGAAGCUCUGUGACUUCAACAAGAAGUUCCUAUUCUUCGUGUUGAAGAGCAGUGAUGUUCUGGAUGUCCUGGUGCCUAUCCUGUUUUACCUGAAUGAUGCACGGGCUGACCAGUCUCGUGUGGGCCUGGUACACAUCGGUGUGUUUAUCCUGCUGCUGCUGAGUGGAGAGAGGAACUUUGGCGUGCGUUUGAAUAAACCCUACUCUGUACGAGUCCCCAUGGACAUCCCUGUGUUCACUGGAACUCAUGCUGACCUGCUCAUAGUGAUCUUCCACAAGAUCAUCACUAGUGGACAUCAACGCCUGCAGCCCCUCUUUGACUGCCUGCUCACUAUCGUAGUGAACGUGUCUCCUUACCUGAAGUCUCUCUCCAUGGUGGCAGCUAACAAGCUGCUCCACCUCCUGGAAGCCUUCUCUACCAACUGGUUCCUCUUCUCUGCCUCCCAGAACCACCAUCUUGUCUUCUUCCUGCUGGAGGUCUUCAACAACCUCAUCCAGUAUCAGUUUGAUGGUAACUGUAACCUGGUGUACACCAUCAUCCGUAAGCGCAACAUCUUCCACCAGCUGGCCAAUCUGUCCUCUGACCCAGCCACCAUCCACAAGGCCCUGCAGAUGAAGAAGAGGAAGAAGACUACCACGGCCAUUAUCUCCCGGAUCAACUCCCAGGAGACCAUCUCCAUGGAGGGGUCCCGACCGGCCGUCCCAGCUGAGCCAGGGACACUCAAAGCCAGUCUCGUGGCCAUACCAGCUAUUGACAAGCUGACAGAGAAGGCUCAGGUCUCUGAGGAUGGCACCAUGGUUUGUCUCCAGCACAUGACCAUUGACCAAAACGUCCACUCUCCCCAACCCACUCCCUCACCCCAACACACUCCCUCUCCCCAACACACACCCUCUCCGCAGUCCCUUGCCGCUGACACCAGUGGUAUAGCUGGAGCCAGCGACACAGAGUCCAACUCGGGGAGAGAUAACGAGGAGGCCUUUCAACCAGAGUCAGAGCUGGCCAGAAGUCGUUUGUCCAGUGUAUCAUCAUCAGCUGUGUACUGGAACCCCACUCCAGACUGGGUCCUCUCCUGGAAGACUAAGCUUCCUCUCCAGACGAUCAUGAGGCUGCUACAAGUUCUGGUUCCUCAGGUGGAGAAGAUCUGCAUAGACAAGGGUCUGACCGACGAGUCAGAGAUCCUGAAGUUCCUGCAGCAUGGGACCCUGGUGGGCCUGCUGCCUGUACCUCACCCCAUCUUAAUCAGGAAGUACCAGGCCAACGCGGGCACCGCCAUGUGGUUCCGCACAUACAUGUGGGGAGUAAUCUAUCUACGUAACGUGGAUCCCCCGAUCUGGUAUGACACUGACGUCAGACUGUUUGAGAUUCAGAGGAUCUAAGUGGAGCUGGUGAACAGGUCUCUACGACUGCGGCCCAAAUGGCACCCUAUCCUGUUCAUAGUGCACCACUUUUGACGAGCCCUAUGGGCCUCUGUAAAAAGUAGUGCACUACAUAGGGGGUAGAGCGCCAUUUGGGAAGCAGACAACGUCUCUCGGGAAUGGCUGGUUCGCACUCGGGAACCACCAACCGCUCUCUCACCAACUGCCAUCUUCAAACCUGAACAGAAGUGUGGAAGAGGAGGAUGAAGACUUGCACCAGACACACCUGUUCUAGAAAACAGGAAUUUGCAGUGUUUUUGUUUUCUCUAUUUUGUUUCUUGCGAAGUGCCAACCGGUAGAACAUCAUGUAACAAACCACUGUCACGAAACCACUUUUCCUACAAGCUGUCUGCUACUACAACUGCCAGAAGGUCUGCCAUGUUAACCCUCUUCUAGUCAUGAUUUGGCAGCUUUCCAUGGGUAUAUUCCUUUAUUAAUUUGAUGUGCAUUUUUUUACAUUUCUUUUUACAAAAAAACAUAUACACUACUGUAUGUACACUUCCGUUCAAAAGUUUGGGGUCACUUAGAAAUGUCCUUGUUUUUGGAAAAAAAUAUAUAUAUUUUUUGUCCAUUAAAAUAACAUCAGAUUGAUCAGACAUACAGUGUAGACAUUGUUAAUGUCUUAAAUGACUAUUGUAGCUGGAAACGGCAGAUUUUUAAUGUAAUAUCUACAUAGGCGUACAGAGGCCCAUUAUCAGCAACCAUCACUCCUGUGUUCCAAUGGCACAUUGUGUUCGCUAAUCCAAGUUUAUCAUUUUAAAAGGCUAAUUGAUCAUUAGAAA